AUGGCUGCCUUCGACCGACGCAGGAUCAAUGGGCCGGAAGAGAGCUAUCCACCUGUCUUUGACGAAGAUGAUAUCGAUGAUGCAUUAUACGCGAACUGGAAAGUCGGGCAGCCGCGGCAGGGAAGACUACCAGGCGAUGUACGUCCUAUAUUUAUAAGGCCUGGUCUUAUUAAUCAAGCCAAUGGAUCGGCGUACGUAGAGACUGAGAAAACCAAGCUUGUCUGUGCUGUCUAUGGUCCUCGGCAGUCUAAGAAUACCUCAUACAGCGAGAAAGGACGUCUGAAUGUCGAGGUCAAGUUCGCACCGUUCUCGUGCAAAAAGCGUAGAGCGCCUAUACGGGAUGCAGAAGAUAGGUCCGUCGCUGUCCAGAUACACCAGGCUAUCCUGCCGUCUGUACGGUUGGAAUUACUACCGAAGUCUACCGUCGACGUAUUCAUAACCAUAAUUGAGAAUGACGGGCUGGAGAGUUGUUACGCGUCUGGUGCAAUCGCAGCAAGUGCAGCGCUGGCGGAUGCUGGUAUCGAGAUGCUGGGAUUAGUCAUGUCGUGCUCGAGCUCCGUCGUGGGGAAGGAGAUCUGGUUGGAUCCUACUGAGCACGAAGCACGCAUCGCCAAGGGCAGCUUGGUGUUUGCAUGUAUGCCGGCAUUAGGAACUGUAACCAGCGUCUGGCAAUCAGGAGAGGUGACCCCUAGUGAAGCGAUGGAGUGCAUGGAAGCUUGUCAGGAACGUUGUACGGACAUACAUGCUGUUGUAUCUGAAGCUUUAGUCGCGAAUGCGAGGGUCACAUAGCAUAAAUUGAAUCAAAUGCGAAAUCCCUC